UUUGCGGGAACCCUAACCUUGAUAACAACCCGAAGUGUCGUCAGCUCGUCUCGUCGAUUGUGUACCUUUGUCCUUGUGCCGAGUUCUUCCCACCCGAGCCUCUUCCGCGCGGGGAGGGAGAAGCCUGUCGUUGAUUCAUGCAAUGGCAAUGGCUUGGCUAUUUCGGCCACAUUUUUGGAACGGCCGUCACCUCGGCGGUUCUGAUUUAUCCGCUCGCGUUCCAAGUCGACAACUACUUCAGGGUUAGAGUGUUCAAAGUGAAAGGCAGAUCUAUGCACCCCUGCCUCAACCCGUACCCCAACAAGUGCGACGACUGGGUGUACGUCAAGGAUGUGGAGCGCUGCGAAGUGUGCAGGGGCGACGUGGUGACGUUCAUACCGCCCAAGGAUCCCUCUGGCCACUUCAUCAAGAGGGUCAUUGGCCUGGAGGGGGACACUGUAGUGAAGCAGGACGGGCCCAGGACAUCACUGGUCACCGUGCCGGGGGGGCACUACUGGGUGGAAGGGGACAACAAGGGCCUCUCUAUAGAUUCACAGCAGUUUGGCCCGAUUCCAAGGUCCCUCCUCCAAUCCAAGGCGUAUUACAUUAUAUGGCCCCCGUGGCGCUGGAAGAAGAUAUUUGAUGACAAUCCCUUUGAGUGUAAAGGUGCGGAGGAACGUCAGAAAAGUCACUAG